GAGCACGCUUAGUCAAAAGGAGACUCCAUUGUCAGCGAGCCACUUGCUAGCUAGUCCUUAGCGCUCGAGCUCUAGCACGAUUUUCGCCUGUGUGAAGAGGGGUGAGUCGCUCUGUCAGCGGCAGGGUGCAUGAGUAUGUGUGCAUUUGUAAGAUUUGAUAUAGGAAUUUGAUUCCUUAGCAGCAAUGCUAAUGCUAACUGCAGGGGAGAGUGGGGACAAUCUGUCACAUUUUUUUUCUGCUAAAUAAUUUUAGAAGCAUUUCAUUUGAUUUAUAUACACAACCUGUUUCCAGCACCUAUCACUGAUGAACAAUUCCACCAAAGGUGCCUAUAGGGGGUUUCAGACCGAGGGGUUAGAUGUAGCAAUUGCUACCCAGAUUAGCUGAUAUGACGCCUUUUAAGUCUGUUUUAUUUACAUGACAUCUAUAGAAUGUUUCUGAUUAAUCUGUGAAUAAAACAUUUGAAAAAAAGUCUAUUGCAAUACUUUGGGAGUCUUAGUUGGAACACUGGGCUAAAACUAACCCCGUCGUGUGGUGGCUGUACUUUAGCUUGGCUAGCUCACACUGUGAGCUGUUCUACGCUUCUAAAGAUGACUAUAUUACAGCCACAGGUGCUGUAAUUUGUGUUUGUGAGUUCGGAUGGUGCCAUCGGUGCAGGUUAAAGAUUUGUUGAGAUUUCCUAAAAUUGCCCAUUUACUUGUUGGGUUUGACACCCCUGUUCUGGCCCAAUGAAACUCCAGGAGGCUGAUGGACUGAGGGACUUAAGGACCUAACCAGGGCAUAUUCGAGCAGAACACCAUGCAGGAAAGCUCCCAACCACUGGAGGCAUUCAUAAUUAGCAUCAUGAGUGCCUACUGAAGAGCAAACAGGCCCUGAUUGGACCCAAGUGAUGGACAAAUCAGAGCAGUCUGUGGUCGGCCAAGGCCUGACCAGCCCUGAUCCGCUGGUCCAGGAGGCCUACCUGAUGGCUUUUGACUACAUAAACUAUGUGACGGCCAAGCCGGGGGUCCCCCUCACCCCGGCACCAUCCGCAACCUCAGCGGCCCUGCGCCAUGCAGGGGACGAGCUCCUCCAGCGCUUCCCCAUCUUCUUCCGCCGCUGGCCACGUGUCUUCCAGGACGUGACGGAGGAGUCAGCCUGCCCGACUCUGGUCUCCAUCCUAGAUGAGCAUUUUGCACCCACAAGGCGCCGGGACCUGGCCUGGAGUGCCGUGCUCUCCAUCUUUGUGCUGGCUGGCCAGAUGGCCUUGCACUGCCAGCAGAGGGGGAUGACCAACGUCUUACCCAAGCUCCAGGACUGUGUGGGCAGCUAUGUGGAGAGAGUCAUCUGCCCUGAGAUCAGGGACAAGGGAGGAUGGUCCGGAUUUGUAUCUCGCUUUGGGAAGAAACAGACUUUGGAAGGCCAAGUGAAGAAGGUGUGCUGCUGGAGUCUCCUCAUGCUGACUGUGGGGAUCCUUUUCUACUUUCUCUGGAAAAGAAGAAUAACUUGAAGAACAGUGCCAUCUUGUGGAGAACACUGGACAUAAAAUUUUGGAGUUGUCUCAACUGCUUUAACCAUAAUGUCUGAACUCUGUAAAGGUUGGGCUGCUACUAUUGACAUCUCCCCCACAACUAGGACUGUGUAUUGGCAAGAACCUGGCAAUACAGCACAUUUCAUGAUACAGGGGUUACGAUUUGAUAUAUUGCGAUAUUGCAAUAUUUUAAAAUCAAAUUUUACGAAAACUGUCAUAGCAUAAAAAGCACACCACCAAAAGUCAAAUGGCUGAAGAUAGAUUACAACCCUGCUGUCUAGCAGUCAGGGGUAUAAACACGACAUGAAAUGA